GCUGCAGCCAGUGCUGUAAACCCAGUCUCACUGUCCAAAAUUAGCAAUACGACGGCAAGAACUGCGCGCAACACUUGGCUAAACUGCUGACAAUGCGAAAUUCAAGCGUUCUUAUACUUUUGCUAGGAUUAACCAUUCUAAUCGUCCCCGACGAAGUACGGUGCAACAAUAACUAUGCUAAAGAUGAUCAAGGUCCGUACCCGCAUCCCGCAUGUUCGUACUCUCGGCAGAACGAAAACGAUCCUCUCCUUCUCUCAUGCCCAUCCGGCAUGGUCAUACCCGGCAACUUUGACGCGGCACAAAUCCGCAAAGACGUCCAGAUAAUUGUGAUCAAUGGAGGAGGCUCUCCCAAUAUUCUGGCAUCCAAUGCUCCGCCUUUACCGGCCGAUCUGACCGCACUCCAGCACCUCCGGCUCAACAGUUUCACCGACGAGAACAACUCCAGCAUCCGCAUUAAGCGGUUCGUCGAGAAUGUCAAAGACCGUCUCCAAUUCCUCGUUGUGCAAAGCAGCAAAGUGGGCUCCCUGGAAGACGGGUUUCUCCAGGGAUUUUCACAGCUGCGGCAGCUGGAUUUCAUGUCGAGUGAUAUUUCCGUCAUCAGCAAGACCGCUUUCCAACGCAAUGGCACCGCACCGCGGUUAAAUAUCAGUUUGACGUGGAAUCGGUUGGAGAGCCUUGACUGGGCCGUUUUCCAGCCGAUUACCGAGAUCGGGUCUCUGGAUUUAAGCUCCCAGCGUCCUGGCCUGCACUCCAUCAGCUGUUCCACCAACUUUCGCCUACCUGCGGAAACCGGUCACUUGCUGCUGCGCAACAACAAUUUGGAGUUCUUGCCGCAUUGCGUGAUUGACUCCCUGAACUACCAAGACGGCCAUAUGCAGCUGGACGUGGACAACAACCCCUUCUGCCCAACGGACGACAAGUGUGCCUGUUCCGCCAUGGAACCGUUUUUCCGCUUUAUCUGCGAUUACACCACCCGCGACCAGGUGUACGGUGUGACGUGGUGGUGCGGCACGGCACCCAAUCAGACUUUGUGGCAUGCCCAACAACUGCCGCCCACCGUCACGUGCACGAAUUCUGGACGGUGGCGUUUACGAACGAACUGGUGGCUCCUGAUAAUUACAGCGCUGAUGUUUUGUGCUUUUCGGGGGGAUACUGGACCUUGUAUGGCCGCUAUUUAGCCAUAGGAAGACGGGUUGCUUCGCUCUUAAAAAUCGGGGCUGAUCUGAUAAUCAGUUACUUACGUAGCUACAUUAUACAUAUAAUAAAAGUAUAAAUCAUUAGCGUUAUACACACUUGUAAAGGAACAGCUUUCUCUUUGCAAAAAAGCGUUCAAGCUUCAGCUAUCAGUACUCGUAUUCCCCACCGUUAAAGACCUUUGUGACAAGCGGUCUUGCGCCAGUUACAUCGCGUCGAAAUGUGUUUACGAGAAUAAAGUGCAAAUUCUGUCAGUUGACUAUCUACUGAACA